GGCAAAAUUGCUUGGUUCCGAAGUACUUAGGCGAUCCCUUCCUGUUAUGGUCAAAAUCUCCUUCAAACCGUAAUCGUAGAUCAAGAGCAAAGAAAUGUGAUCCUUCGAGAAGUUCUUUCCAUCAAUACGACCAGAAGAAGUCCAUCGCCUUUGGCUUCUCGUUUUCCAAAAUAUACGAAAACUCAGUUAACGUGACUACCCAAACGCAAUCCACUCUUUUUCAAACACAACCACAGCGACCAGGAGGCGACAGAAAUAGGAUAUGUCUGUACAACUUUCAUAGUCAUUCAUUUUUCUGGCACGACCUAAGUACUACCAGCAUCACAAGUUUAUUUCCCCAGUCUAACAUCCUCAAAAUGUUCAAAGGAUUCUCCUUCAAGAAGACCGCGGCAGACAUCCAGCCGAAAAGAGAAAACGUCGGCGCGCAGUACAAAGAGGAGUCGAAAGUCGAAACCAUAACGACGUUCGACGGCUCGGUGGACAUCAACCUAAGGAACCUACCAAAACUCGACUUUGGCCUAGAUCUAGAGGCGUUGAAGCAGCAGGAUGAAGCGCUCCAGAAGCUGCGGGAGGAGAGGAGGAGAAAAGCGAUGGCAGUGGACACUGACGACCCGGAUAAAGCUGCAAGCGAGAACAAAAACAUCAUCAAUUUGGACACGGAGAGCAAGGAAACAGGUGGGAAAACCACCGACCAAGACGCGGCGGCGGCGAUUCUCGCGGAAUUGCAAAAUAAGGAUGCGAACGGGGAAAUCAACUUGCUGACCAACACGGCGAAGCUAGAAACCAUCGCGCCCAUUAUGGGUUUAGCGAAAGCUGCGCAGGUGGAGAAGGACAACGGCGCAGGAGCUCCUGCAGCGAAUAGCGUGGUCGCAGCUGGUGGUACUGGAGAGACGAGUACAACAAUUACAAAUGCUGAAAACAACAUAAAGACCGACGAGAACCAGAAGAAAGAAGAAGAGCCUGAACAAGAUCCGAAGAUGAAGCUGAAGAAAUCCUUGUUCUUGAACGUCAAAAAACCAACUACCUCCGCUUCCUCUUCCUCCCGGCCAAUUCUGGCGGACAAGGACAAACACACAGAUAAAAAUGCUUCCGCAAAACAAUCCGAUAUGCGGCAAGACGACUUCGAGAACUUACCCAUCCAGGAUUUUGGACUCGCGUACCUCCGCGGUUUAGGCUACGAUCCGAAGAAACACCACGUGCAGAUGGUUGAACAAAACGCGUGGAAGCGAAAGGGGUUAGGUUUAGGGGCACAGGAUGUUCUGUUACCGACGGAUUUUUUGGUAGUACCAGCACCACCCGCAGCAGAGGAGGAGAAGAAGAAGGAGAAAACUGUAGCUAAUGGUGAACAAGGCAAAGAAGCCGAUUCUACUACUUUUGCGUCGAAUAAGCGAAGGAGAAAAAGUAACGACGACGCUGUGAAUAAAACGUGGCUUCUCCCUGGUUUAGUCGUGAAAGUGACCGACGAGAGAAUGAGUGCGAUCUACUGCAAGAAAGGCGAGGUGUUGACCAUCGACACGUCCUCCUCGUCCGGAAAAAUCCGCGCCAGUGUGAAGAUCAAGCAGAAUGUUUAUGAGAAUAUCUCCGAAAAGUACUUGGAGCCAACUUUGCCAAUAGACGCAAAGCAGGCGAAGAGGAUAAGAACCGGGAAUGAGAAGCUGGAACACAGUAUCGUCGACGUGCUGGAGGUGGAUAAGGAUAAGGACUAUGUGAAAAUAAAGUACGUGAAUAAAGAUACUGGCGAAAAGGUGAAAGAAAGUGUCACAUUGCGCGACGUGUGCCACUUUGUCGUCAAAGACGACAGAAGUAAAUGAAGAGCAGCGGAUUGCACGUAUAUUCGUUGCAAAUUGAUAUGAAAGCGACACUAUUUCUUUCCUUAUCGUUAUCCUUUCCAUAGGAUAGGGUACAGCCACGAUCGAAG